AUGUGGUUUUGGACGAUGUUAUCGAAUUCUUCCGGGCACGAGAAACGGAGGAAACGAUGUGACAAUAUUUAUCAACAUAAUUGAAAGACUGAAAGACAGAAGUAUGGUAGCUGGACUUCCUCUCUUUAAACUAGCUUCAUUAGCUAUCAAACAAUCGGCAAAACCUGUCGCAAAUGUUCUCAAACGAGGGGCAAAGGAAAGCGAUAUAUUUAAGAAAUAUUUAUGUUAUUAUCCCGGUCAAGGUAAACCAUACAAAUUGUGUAAUAUGGCUGGCAUGAUCUGAACGUGGGUUUAUAGGUGUUUAUCAUUCCAUGCACGGUUGGAUUUAGGUCAUAAUGUGGGCAGGAAUUAACGUUGGAGGCAAUUGACAUCACUUUAUGCGUAGGAACGCCUAUUUGAUACUUUAAAAGGAAUACAACAAAUAUUUGUGCAAGCAAUUUAUUAAAACUAUAAAAGUGUUACUGUAAUUAAUUGGGUAAAAACCAGCAAUAUAUAACACCUACUGGGACUGAGGGAAACAGUAUCUAUGUGAGAGACAAACAGAAGAUAGACUGAGCCAAAAAAAGUAACUGCUGCCACGCCAUAAUUCACAAUGAUUUUUCAUCAAAAUGCUAUCAUCGUGUUCCUAACCAGUGUGGCUAUGAGAGGCAUUCUGAAUCACCCCCUGAACAACUGUCAUUUUUAAUAUUUUCAGGGGGAUGAUUGCCUCUCAUAAGUGCAUGGCUAGGACCGUGGUGACAGCAUUGCGAUGGUUAUGCCAAAAUUAUAGGCAAAACCAAGAGGUUGACAUUCUGUAAGGUUCCUAUUCUGUGACAGUAUGUUUUGUAAUCUUGAGACCUGCCGAUAUUUUACAAUCUGAGGGAUGAUAACAUUAGUGAUCAAGCCAUUGAGGGAUCACAAGCAGUAAAUUGGGUCAUAUUCCGCAAAACAUCCACACCAUGUUGGAAAUUGGAACCUUCAGACACCCUUUCUCCUCUGCAGCGGCUUACAUGAGGGAAAAGUGAGUGCACAGGCCAUCUCCACUUUUACUUAGGAAACUUCAUGUAAGUUAUUUGUAAAUACGUAAGGAGGCUCAGCCAGGGAGAGUUCAAGACAUCCUGGUCGAUAAUUUUACUAUUACAUAAAACCAGAUAAAACCCAACACUUUCCCUUGACAAUUAUAGUCCUUGAUGGCAAUGCCUCAUAAUGCCUCCAACUUUAUUAUAUUCUCUGUCUAAUGCCAAUGGGUUAACAAAUGGCAAAUAGUUUUAUUAACCCAUUAGAGUGUAAGAUCCUCCCUUGAUAAUUAAAGUUGUCUGGCAUUUGACAGAGUAAAAUAACAAGGUAGUACCACAGAAUAGGACAUACAGAAGGUUGACUCAGUCAAAAUACUAUACAGAAGGCCAUCUCCAUUGUUUUUUGCGUAAGCACUAUUCGUCAUGAUUUGUCACUCGGCAAGUACCGUAAACAGAAGCAGUCACCCCCUGGAUGUGUGCCAUUUUGAAUAUUUCCAGGGGGGUGACUACUUCUGUUUAUGGUACUUGCUGAGUGACGAAUCAUGACGAAUAGUGCUUACGCAAAAAACAAUGGAGAUGGCCUUCUGUACUGUAUAGUAUUCUGUGGCCACGCCAUGAUUCGUCAUCAAAAUGAUGUUGUCAUGUUCCUAACCACUGCAGUUAUGAGAGGCAUUUACCCCCUGGACAUCCGACAUUUUCAAUCUUUUCAGGGGGGUGAAUGCCUCUCAUAAGCUACUGGCUAGGACCAUGGUAACAGCAUUGCAACAGUAAUGCCAAAAUCAUAGGCAAAACCAAGAAGUCUAUCUUCUGUAUGCCUCUAUUUUGUGGUGGUAGUACAUUGCACAUAAUGGCCUACCAUUGUCCAGAUAAUUUUAUUCAUGUUGGGGAUUGAUUGCUGACAGAGAUACAUCACCUACAGAGGGCCAUAAUCUUGUAAAACAUGGGGCUGGUUGUUCAAAAGCUAGUUUAUAGCUUAACCCUAGGUAACUAGGUUAAUCUAAAAUUCAAAGCAAACUUCCCAACAGCUUUUUUAUAAAGUUUUUAUAACUUUUAUAAGUGCAGAAAUACAGGAACAAAAACAGUAGGUUAAACUUUAACCCAGGUUAGCUUUGAACAACCGGCCCAUGGAUAAUAUUUGCUGAGAAAAAUUAAAUGAAAUUUUAUGUAAAAGAUUUUGUAUAUUAGGUAUUCACAAGCUCUUUCAUGUCUUUCAUGUUCAUGAUUUUCUUAGAUGUGACUUCUUAAAUGUUCCACGAAUAAUUAACUAGAGUUACAAGAAAGUACAUUUUUCAUGUAGUGUACCAUCGCUUGGAGUUUCACAUUAGAAUGCGACUCAUGGGCCAUAAAGGAAAAAUAGAAGUGGACCCUUUGAAAGAAAAUGCAGCCGUUGAUUUGGGAGCGGAAAUGCUAGGUGAAGUAGUUGUGUUUAGUAUUGGUGUAGCUGUUUUAUAUGCAGAGUACAGAAGACAGAAACGUGGUGAGAACCGUGAAGAGAACAAACAUCAGGAAAACUUUAGAAAUUUGAAAAAUAAAGUUGAAGAACUUGGUGUGUGUGUAGAAAAACAGAAUGAGGAAAUAGAAAGACUAAAUAUAAUUGUGAGCAACAUUGAAGAUAAAGUUAGUAAACGAAAGAAAUAAAAAAUGUUUAUGUACAAACUAA